AUAAUAUAAUGUAUGUUCAUCAACUCAAACUUCCAUAAUGUCAAAAUUAUUUAUACUCUCCUUAUAAAUUUCAUGAAUCAUUUUGUAAGUUGCUAUACAAAGGUCCUAAUCAUGUACUUGUAGAAAAAUUAGUACUUAUUCAAAAGACCUUAUAUGUUUGUUGGAUAUGUAUCCUAGAGCAUUAUGUAUCAAUUCCAAAGUCUCCAACAUCCUUCAUGUAGGAUGCUUUCGUGAUCAAUGGUAUAUGCAUAAAUAUUUCAACCACAAUGUAAAGUGCUCCAACACAUCAUUUUGUCUUUCUUGUUCGUCGCCUCGCCUUUCUACAACAAGGCAUGGAUCAAGAAAAUUGUUGGUCGUUCGAGCUGUUUCAAUCCCUGAGAAUGCAGAUGGAAGUGCAGAAACAAACGCUGAUAGUGUGGCUCGUGAUGUGCAGCUUGGAGGCAUGUUUUGCCUUUGGUAUGCCUUAAAUGUCUACUUCAAUAUAUACAACAAGCAGGUUCUUAAGGUUUAUCCGUUCCCUUCAACUAUUACAGCUUUCCAAUUUGGAUGUGGAAGUUUGCUUGUUCUUCUUAUGUGGGGUUUUAAUCUUCAUCCAAAACCAAAGAUUACCCGUUCACAGUUUGCAGCUAUUCUACCAUUAGCAAUAGCACAUGCGAUGGGCAAUCUCCUAACGAAUGUGAGCCUUGGAAAAGUUGCAGUCUCAUUCACUCACACCAUUAAAGCUAUGGAGCCCUUCUUCACUGUCCUUCUCUCUGUCCUUUUUCUUGGUGAGAGGCCUAAUCCAUGGGUGGUUUUUUCCCUGGUUCCCAUUGUUGGUGGAGUGGCAUUAGCAUCUUUCACAGAAGCCUCUUUCAACUGGUUAGGUUUUGGCAGCGCAAUGGCUUCUAAUCUGACUAACCAAUCACGCAAUGUGCUAAGCAAAAAGUUGAUGGUUAAAGAAGAGGAGAGUUUGGACAACAUCAAUCUGUUCUCUGUAAUUACACUCAUGUGCUUCGUCUUCUUACUCACAACAGCUAUUUUCAUUGACGGCAUCAAAUUUUCUCCCUCGUAUUUUCAAUUAGCUGCAAGUAGAGGCUUGAACGUUAAAGAACUUUUUGUAAGAGCUCUUGUUGCCGGACUUUGCUUCCACACAUAUCAGCAGGUUUCCUACAUGAUAUUAGAAAAGGUUUCAGCUGUGACACAUUCGGUGGGAAAUUGCUUGAAGCGAGUUGUUGUAAUUGUAUCUUCAGUAAUCUUCUUCCAAACGCCAAUUUCACCCCUAAAUUCAUUUGGAACUGCACUAGCACUUGCUGGUGUCUUCUUAUACACAAGAGCAAAGAGAUUGAAUUCAAAGUUUAAAGCUGCAUGAUUAUUGAUUAGUCCAUUAUUGUAGUCAAAUUAUAUAAACGUGUUCUUUUUCCUUUGAAACGAACUACGUAAACGUGUUAUGUGCAACGGUAUCGGUUCAAUUCAAGGAGAUUUUUCUCUUUUUCUGUU